ACCGCCAGAGGCUAAUGGCAUAUAGCGCCUAUCCAUCCACAAAACUAAAUAACGUCACAGCAAAUUGCGGUGGUCACAAAACAUUCGGUGAAAGCGCGGGCUCUUAAUAAUACGUACGCGAGUUUCUACGGGGGUGAGGAACUGAGAGCAGGAGUUCUUGUCUUCGCCGUGUCGGAGAUGGGCGCGCCCGAAGGCCCACAGAUUAUGGGCCCGGUUCACUUGGCGCCAUCAGUCGUGUACUGGACGGACAUCGCCGGUGGCAGAGGCAGGAGUCGCGAAGUUGUGUGAUGCGAGCGAGGAACAGAGGCAACGACAGAGAGCGAGAGAGGGAGCGAGAGGCAGGAUUCAGAGGACGAGAGCUUCCUACCGCACUCCCUCAUGCGCCAGACGCAGCCGCGACAGUGAAACCUGCCCUUCUCUGCUCUGAUCUCCACUCCCAGCCACGCUCUUCUUUCUUGGCUACAAAGGCGCCCGGCCGAUCCUUUUCUCUCCCUCCGUCCUCCCUCGGCUCGACUCGUUGCGCCUGGUGGCCGGAUCGGAGAGAGCUACAGCAGCAGCAGCACGAAAGACUCGUUGCAGGAGCGUAUGAGGUGACAAGAACAAGAAAAAGGAUCAGGAUCAGUGCUUUGUGCUUUUAGGGUGCGGGGCUUGAUUUGCGCACGAGGAAGACAUCAGUGGACCACUCUUGUUCGCCACCAGCCAGGACAGAGAGCAACGGAAAAGCUGGGCUGGACGGUUCGUAGCUUGAAUUACACCACCGAAAUGGAGUACAGGAGAGGUUGGAGAUUUAUCGAAAAGAAUUAGCGAGGUCGUGCUCUGUGGAUGUAGUUCAAGUUGGUGGCUGAAUUGCACGGAAAAGAAGAUGCUAGUAGAGAACCAUGAAGAUGCACAAUGUGGGCACUUCGAGCAGACCCAGCAGCACCAGCAGCGGCAGCAGCAGUGGUUCCAAAGGGGGCAUGCCGCAGCGCUAUGUGACAGUUCUGCUGACAUUUCUGUGCACUUGUGUUUGCUACAUCGAGCGAGUUGGCUUCUCCAUCGCGUACACGGCAGCAGCGAGCUCUGCUGGCGUAGGAGAUAGUACCAAAGGUCAUCUCCUCUCGGCAUUUUAUUAUGGCUACGCCAGUUCACAAGUGCCUGGUGGCUGGGCAGCCCAACGCUUCGGCGGCAGGCGCGUCCUGCUCAUGUCCUUCAUCUUAUGGUCCCUCACGUCUGCUCUGACGCCUACAAGAGCCGACAACGUCACAGGUCUCAUAAUCGCUCGCCUCCUCGUCGGUGUAGCUCAGGGCUUCAUUUUUCCUUCCAUCCACACUGUCUUAGCUCAGUGGGUUCCGCCCCACGAGCGUUCUCGCUCGGUCUCACUCACCACCUCUGGCAUGUAUUUUGGAGCUGCCGGGGGGAUGCUGUACCUGCCCAAUCUGGUGGCGAAGAGCGGGCCCCGAGCAGUCUUUUUAUCGGAAUCGCUCAUGGGUGCGGCAUGGGCGUUGCUUUGGUUGAAGUAUUCGAGUGAUCCGCCUGGCUCCGAUGGAAAAGCUUCAUUGGGAGAGGUGGCAUCCACGGCAUUUGAGCGGGCCAAGCUUCUGCUCCCCGUGCAGACUGUAGAAUUAGAGAAGGGCUUGGAGGAGAAGUCAGCCUUAGAGAAGGGAAAGAAGAAGAGGGUGGACCAGGAGGUAGCUGCUGGAGAGAAGCCGAAGCCAAAGGACCGAGGGGGAGGAAUUCCAUGGAAGAAGAUUAUGCUGAGCUGGUCCGUGUGGGCAAUCGUUGUCAACAAUUUUACGUUCCAUUACUCCCUGUACGUUCUGAUGAACUGGUUGCCAACUUAUUUCGAUCAGGGGUUGCGAAUUAACCUCUCCAGUAUGGGCUCGUCCAAAGGCCUGCCCUACUUCCUCAUGUUUAUAAUGUCCAAUGUAGGCGGUGUGCUCGCAGAUCAUCUAAUAACUAGGCGCAUUUUUUCGGUGACGAAGACAAGGAAAGUUUUGAAUACCAUUGGGUUCAUCACAGCUGCUGUGGCACUUAUGCUCAUGUCCAGCAUGAGAUCAGCCUUCGGAGCUGUUGUCUGCUCGUCGGUUGUGCUGGGAGCUUGUUCACUUGCAAGAGCAGGGUUUGCUGUAAACCAUAUGGACAUCGCGCCCCGUUAUGCUGGGAUCGUGAUGGGGGUGUCCAACACCGCAGGAACGGUCGCCGGAGUGGUAGGUGUGGCUGCCACGGGCCAGAUUUUAGAGGCUUCCAUCACAGGGUCCGCAGAUCUGAACAACUGGGCGGUGGUUUUCGCCAUUCCGGCACUCCUGUCUGUUCUCAGUGCUCUCAUGUUUAUCGUCUUUGCCACUGGUGAAAGGAUUUUCGAGUAGAAUUUUAAAAGGACACACUUUUAAUGCAGGUAGUAGAUUGCCUGCCCACCAUUCAUCCUGAGUUCGUCAGAUCCCCCCUUCAUUAUGGGGACUUACAUAUAGACAUUUACUGCUGGCGCGGCUCUGAUAUCUGAACGCUCGAUAUGAUAGCGCUGUACGACCAAUGGAAACAAAGAAAGUUGUCACCUCCACCUUCUGUG